AUGCUUAAACUUCAAUAUAGGCAACUGUUCACUACCACGGUAGCGAAAGCUGCGGCCCCUGCGCGUGGCAAGGCGCAAGGUUUCGCCAAGAAAGCAUCAGGAAAUAGGGCAGGGGCCAAGAGAAUUACUAAUGACACACUCUACAAGAAUUGGGCUGACACUGUGAGUUUCAGCAAACUGAAUCAGUAUGCGCUUCCUACUGAAAUCCCAACCUUCAAUCCGAAAGAAUUGGCUAGCUCUCUGAACAGAGUAUCGUCAUACUCGAAUAAACACUACAGAUCUCUUUACCAUUUAGGUUCCUUCCACAAGAAUCAAUUCAAUGAGCUCUUCCCAAAACCAGUAUCUCUAAUUCGUAAAGAUAGCAUAGGCAAGCUGAUAAAUUUACUGCAGACUGGCGAUCACAAAACAUUUGUCCUUACUGGAGAACCAGGUGUAGGAAAGAGCACUUUAUUGGCACAGCUUCAUGCAUUUGGAUGCGAUUCUAACAACAUAAUCAUCCAUAUAUCCUAUCCAGAACUGUUUCUCAAUGGUCGCAGCGACUUCUUUUAUGACGACAAGUUAAAGGAAUACGUGCAGCCCAUGUACAUGAAGAAACUACUCAGAAAGAUUUUAAAGUCAAAUGAUGAAAACAUUUUACGCUCUUUGAAACUAAUUUCGGACUAUAAGUUCCCUAAUGCCGAUCCCAAAGAUUCUGCCAUCAAGAAGCAUAUUUCACUGAUCAAAGGUAAGAACACCUUAUUUGACUUACUUUCCAUUAAAACAUUGGGUCGCAACCGCGGAGAGCUUUUCAAAGCCGUCAUCUCUGAAUUGGCUGGUCAAAAAAGUCAUCCAGUUCUUUUCACAGUUGAUAACUUUUCGCGUAUAUUGACAGGACCUGUCACAAGCUAUAAAGAUGCCAACAACAAGAAUAUUAGCAUUUUUGAGUUCCAACUUGGCAAGACCAUUCUUGGAAUUGUAAGUGGAGAAAUCUGCUUUCCUAACAAGAACAGUGCUUGUGUGCUAGCAAUUUCUGGCGUCGACAGAACAAAUAGAACUCUUCCUGUCGCUUUAGGUAAGAUUCCAGAGGACGUAUAUAUCAAAAGAUAUCACUACGAUCCACAGCUAGCGGAGAUUCUGAAAAAAGGCAAAGUUCAGGAAUUCGAAGUUCCAAAGUUGACUAAGGAAGAAGUAAGAGAAUUAAUGGACUUUUACUUCAAAUCAGAGAUACUAUUGGAGUCUGAUUCCGAAAAUAACUCACUCGACAAGCUCACAGAUGAGAAAUACUUCUUGAGUGGAAACGGUAAUCCACGGGAUCUUCUAAAAAGCAUCGUUCUAAUGCAUACAUGA